UGCCAUGUCCCGCCAUGAUGAUAAUGGACUAAACCUCUGAAAAUGUAUGCUGGCUAGUUUUGUUGUCAACCUGACACAACUAAAGUUAUCUGAGGAGAAAGAAGUCAGUUGAGGAAACGCCUCCAUCAGAUUGGCUGUAGACAAGUCUGCGAGACCCAUAUGUCAAACUUCUACUUGAUGCUAUGAAACACUCAGGUUGUGCUAUUGAUCAAGGGAAACAUUUUUCUUAUGAAGACUGUGAUAGAAAUGUCAGUGGAGGGUUUGAUGCUUCAACAUCUCAGAUUGUUUUGUGCCAGAAUAAUAUCCAAAAUGAGGCCCACAUGAGCAGAGUCGUCACCCAUGAGCUCAUUCAUGCAUUCAAUCAUUGUCGGGCUCACGUCCACUGGUUUACCGAUGUCAGACAUUUAGCCUACUUGGAGAUUAGAGCUGCAAGCCUCAGUGGAGACUGUUGGCUUGUGAAUGAAAUCUUCAGGUUGCAUUUUGGAUUAAAACAACACCAUGAGACUUGUAUGUGGGACAGAGUUGUUCUUUCCAUCUUGACUGUUCGGAACAUCAGCAGAGAAGAGGCCCAGAAGGCUGUGGAUGACGUUUUUGAGUCUUGUUUCAAUGACCGUGAGCCUUAUGGCAGGAUCCCACAUACUAAGACAUAUGCCAGAUAUGCUCACAGGGACUUUCAGAACCGUGAUCAAUAUUACUGGAACAUAUGAAGGUGGUGGCCAUCAGUAUCCCUGAACAUCAGGACCAUGAGGGAAAUGAGGUUCUUAGACACAGAGUGUAUACAAUGUAAAUGAUCAGUUAAGCACUGCAGAUAAAGUGCAGAAGGUGAGAUGUGGUUCUUAGACACAGAGUGUAUACAAUGUAAAUGAUCAGUUAAGUACUGGAUACAGUGCAGAAGGCGAGGUGUUCUUAGACAUAGAUAUAUACAAUGUAAAUGAUCAGUUAUGCACUGGAGAUACAGUGCAGAAGGUGCUGGUUUUAGCAUUUGACUACAAAAAAUGGAUAUGGCAAAAAAGGAACUCCUUAAACUGCAAGGCAAAAUUGGAUAUUUAUAGCUAAUCAUUUAGUAAAUAAGGUAAAUAAAUGACA